UACAUAUCUAUUUAUAUCACGUUGGAAAGAACAGACCUGCAUAACGUUCAUCUCUCCUCGGGGCAGGUGCUUACAUGUUGGACGGAAUACUCCCAAAGACUUUCACAUGAAGACCUAAGCCGCUAACGAAGAUGGCUGAAGACUCCAUAACGAAAUUAUGUAGACUAUUGGAGGAUGUUAAAACUCAGAUAAAUAUUGUGGAGGGCGAGCUGGCGUACAACAAUAACCGAGAUGAAUAUGAUUUUGGGAGGAAAUUGUCAGCAAAGUCCGAAAAAAUGGAACUGGUGAAAAAGUCCUUGGAAGCCCUUUCCCUGAAAGCAAAUAACCUGCCCAUUAGAGAAUCGAGAGGAAGAACUGCUGGGUCAUCGAGUGACAGUGGAUACAACUCAGCAUGUUCAGAAAGAAGACACGCCUUGUUUCUAAAGGAUGGGGAUCUCCCAGAACCAGAACAACAGUGCUCAGUAUGUCGCCAACAGAUGAAAACACCAAUGCAAGUAACAGACAAAGCUGAAUGCACACCACCUGCAAGGAGGUCAACUGAAAACGAUGACUCUUCAGAAUUCCAAAGUGGAUAAUAAAUUCGGUGGACGUGACGUUAGUAUAGCUGUCGAUGAAAUUUAAUUGACAUAAUGGUAAUGUUUGUAUUAGUUAUUGAACACUUAUCACAGUCAUUGAAUGAUUUGGAUAACAAUAUAAUCGCGAUAGUGAUCUGUGCUUAGCCAAGAUAGCAUCUAUCUGAAACACGACCAGAUGACGAAACGUUGAAGUAUUAUGGAUUUGUGUCAAUGUUCUGCUCAGAUUUGAGAACGAUCUUGAUAUGGAAAACUUACGAAACAUAACAACAAUAAGCCUGGACGAUGGCUGAGGGAAUCUACUGUCAUACUAAACAUGUUCAAAGUGCUUCUAUGCAAUAUUCCAUCAGUGUAUAGUCUGUGAAACAGUGAAUUCUCACGUAUCAACAGAUGGAAUACGGAUCAAUCAUUUCCCGCUACAUCGAACGUUGCAUGCUUUCCAUAAUCAGUGAUAUAUAAGCCGAUUGUCACGUGUAUUAUCUAGAGUACUGUAUACAUGUAAGUACAACAAGAUGUUACACUAGAAAUGUAUAUCCUCAUAAAUGAUGAUACACUUAUGUUUGAUGAUGAAUGGACUUCGUAUCACAUAUGCGUAAAAAAGGAAUCUAGUUACAGUAUUAUGUAUCAGGAACCAAACACCUUUGUUGCGCUUCCUCUCUCUAUAUAAAUGGGAUCCCGCUGAAUUUUGAUAUUUUUUUUCAGUAUUAAUGUUUAAUAUUUCUUAUUGUAAUUUCCAGAAAACUGAUUUGUAAUAUAGGAUGAAAUGAUCUCCCAUAUCGUUUUUGAUACGCUUUAUUACUCCACCCUGAUGAAAUUUUUAUAUACCAGUUUUUAUGUUGGUCUACUUUCAAAUAUAUGGUUUAAAGAUUUAUAACUUGCGUUAUAUAGUGAAAUAAUGUUGAAAAACAGCGGGAACCUAUUUUUAUGAAAAUGUUUUCUUGGUGGCCAGUUUGUAAUGUUUCCCGUCAAUCAUACAGUUUGUAAUGUUUCCCGUCAAUCAUACAGUUUGUCCUUGUUUUUGUUUUUAUGUGUUGAUAUACGCAGUACAUUUGGGAUUUCCAAAGUUUCUGAUGUUAAGUAUCUACACUGUAUGACAUCAUAUAGGUUUCUACGAAUUGGGUUUUUCAUGUCACACCAUGUGUUUGUUGUGAAGUUGAUUUGUGUACUAAAAUGUGAGGUGUACUGCGUAAAGAUAUCAAUAUCUAUGUAAUGUUUUAGUACUACAAUGUAUAUCGAUGUUAGUGUUUAUAUGUAGGGUACCUACGGUUGGAACAUAGUUUUAAGAUCUACAUCAAUUCAUAGUGCCAUUCACUCACCAUCGUUAUUAAUCACUGAACGAUACUGUAUGAUAUAUAACGGAGGUAAUAAGUCUGAGACUAUUUAAUUUUUGAAAAGUGCAUAAUUAUUUUCCUUAUGUAACUUAUCUACAAAUAUGAAUUUAAUAAAUUCAAGAACAAUAAAUGCUGUUCAACAUAUUGGAGUGAUAGAGAGAUAGAUAGAUCUAACGAUUGGGCCUAUUGGUUUUAUUUUCUAUCGAUUAUUUCUUACCUAAAUAAUGUUGUAUAUUAAAAUAACCUCACGAGAACGUUACUCACAUUACCAAUCAAAAUAAUUAAACAAACAAAUAAGUGGAUUAAUUGAUAAGUAAAUUAAUUAAUAAAUACUGUUUCGACACACAAGGAUAUAUUGCUAACAUCCCGAUACUAAACAAUCAAGACAGGGCCGAGAUGUAACAGCAAAUCAAAAAGGAAGGACACUGAAUUAACAGUAAAAGUAAAACAAGUUUAUUUAUCAAUGAAUUAACAGCAAUACGAGUUCAUUUAUCACUGAUUUAACAGUAAAACAAGUUCAUUUAUCACUGAAUUAACAGUAAAACAAGUUUAUUUAUCACUGAAUUAACAGUAAAACAAGUUUAUUUAUCACUGAAUUAACAGUAAUACAAGUUCAUUUAUCACUGAUUUAACAGUAAAACAAGUUCAUUUAUCACUGAAUUAACAGUAAAACAAGUUUAUUUAUCACUGAAUUAACAGUAAAACAAGUUUAUUUAUCAAUGAAUUAACAGUAAUACAAGUUCAUUUAUCACUGAUUUAACAGUAAAACAAGUUCAUUUAUCACUGAAUUAACAGUAAAACAAGUUUAUUUAUCACUGAAUUAACAGUAAAACAAGUUUAUUUAUCAAUGAAUUAACAGUAAUACAAGUUCAUUUAUCACUGAUUUAACAGUAAAACAAGUUCAUUUAUCACUGAAUUAACAGUAAAACAAGUUUAUUUAUCACUGAAUUAACAGUAAAACAAGUUCAUUUAUCACUGAAUGAACAGUAAAACAAGUUCAUUUAUCACUCGAUUAACAGUUAAACAAGUUCAUUUAUCACUGAAUGAACAGUAAAACAAGUUCAUUUAUCACUAAAUGAACAGUAAAACAAGUUCAUUUAUCACUCGAUUAACAGUUAAACAAGUACAUUUAUCACUCGAUUAACAGUAAAACAAACUCAUUUAUCACUCGAUUAACAGUAAAACAAGUUUAUUUAUCACUCGAUUAACAGUAAAACAAGUUUAUUUAUCACUGAAUUAACAGUAAUACAAGUUCAUUAAACACAGAUUUACAUAUGUGGUGUAAAGUUAUUGUAAAUACAUACUUAGUACCCUCAUUCCACAGCGUGAAGUGAAUAACAAAUAUCAAACGGGAAAGAAGUGAAAAACAUCAAUAUCACCAAGAACGAAUCAGUAUCUUCUAAAUCAGAUUGCGUGAAUUGUUUUUGUUGGUGAUCAAACGAUUAUGUAAUGAGGAUUUUAAAAUAAUUGAGAUAAUUCUAUCAUGAAAAAGAAAACUUAAGACUGUGAAAUCUUUUUUUGAUCUGUCAAACGUUUAUAUGGAAGAGUAUGUGUACGUGAGCGGGUUUCCCUAUUGGUUUGAUUAGUAGCGUGUCAAGUGGCAUAAUUCUACACCAAUUGAAAUAGCAACUAUUUAUGUCUGGUGGAAAGGUUGGGGUCACAUGUGUGUUGUUCUUAAUACAAGGAAAAAAUAACAACAUUGAGGUUAUUCCGGAUUUUUAACAUAGACGUCAUUCUAUUCAUAAAGUAAUUGAGGCCUUAUCAAUAAAAUAGCAUUCACAGUUAGAGUGACUUCAAUGCAAUAGUUAAUUCAAAUUGUUUUUAUUGUAUAACAUUUUUAACAGUAUCUCAAUGUUAUAAGGGAUUUUUGUAAGACUUCUUUACUAAUUGUGUAUAUAUAAAUGGUUAUCUUUCUGUUUUAUUAUAAAUUUCUUCUUUAUUAUUUUUAUC